GUCUUUUUUCCGAAUUAGUAGCGCUUUUCUUCCUCCGAUUCACUCUCCUCCCUGGAGCAGCGCCAUGGCUCAGAGCUUAAACCCUCUCAAAACCCCCAAAACCCAUGGCAAUCUUCCGCCCCUGCACCCAUUCCCUCCUCAGAAGCUGAGAUUGAAGCCCAAAAGUGCAUCUUUCAUCUGUCGGUCUCUCAUGUCGGGGCAGAAUCAGGAUCAGAAGCAGCAGCUCUCACUCGAUGCCCUCAUCAGGGGUGGCCGCAGAGAGGAGCUGUUCGGAGCAAUCGAGGGCUCGCUGUACAAUUGCCUGUCAGAGACUAACCUUCAGCUCACUGUUCCCGGUCUGAAGUCUAAAAUCAGAGGCAAGGUCAGGGACAUCUAUGAUGGUGGUGAUUAUCUUGUCCUCGUCACAACUGAUAGACAAAGUGCAUUUGAUCGGAUUCUUGCAUCAAUUCCCUUCAAGGGCCAGGUACUUAAUGAGACGAGCCUGUGGUGGUUUGAUAAAACACGGCACAUAACUUCAAAUGCUGUUGUUGCAGCUCCUGAUAGGAAUGUUACCAUCGUGAAGAAGUGUUCUGUCUUUCCUGUAGAAUUUGUUGCUAGAGGUUACGUGACAGGAAGCACUGAUACGUCACUGUGGACUGUCUACAGAAACGGAGUACGGAAUUACUGUGGCAAUGAUCUUCCUGAUGGGUUGGUCAAAAACCAGAAGCUACUGCAAAAUAUACUGACCCCUACAACCAAGGCUGCAGAUCAUGAUGAACCCAUCACUCCUGAGGAGAUAGUUAAACGUGGGUUGAUGACCCAAGAAGAUUAUGAUGAAGUUAGUAAGAGAGCGCUGCAGUUAUUCGAUUAUGGACAGCGGGUUGCUGCAGAUCAUGGGCUGAUACUGGUGGACACGAAAUAUGAAUUCGGCAAGGGUCAUGAUGGUUCGAUUCUUUUGAUUGAUGAGGUGCAUACCCCUGACUCGAGUAGAUAUUGGAUUGGUCAAUCAUAUGAGGAAUGCUUUCAGAAUGGUCUGGAACCCGAAAAUGUUGACAAGGAGUUCUUGAGGCUGUGGUUCAAGAGCCAUUGCAAUCCAUACAAAGAUGAGGUCCUCCCAGAAGCCCCGAAAGAUCUGGUUUGCGAGUUAGCCUGGAGGUACAUUUUCCUGUAUGAGACGAUAACAAAUUCCAAAUUUCAGAUGCCACCGGGCGAGGAACCGAUACAUGAACGAAUUUCUCGGAAUGUGGCUUCCGCACUGUCAUGUUUGAAGUAAUUUUGGCCUUUUAUCAAGAUUGGCUGAAAUAUCUUGGCUUUGAUGAUGGACUGCACAUCUCUUUCAUGAUCAGUAUGGUUAGAUCACAGAUUGGAUUAUCUGUGAGGACUCGGUUUUUUCCUUGAUCAAGGAAGGUUCAAUACAAUUUUUUUCUGUUCUAGAGUGCGGCUAUGUAGUUGGGAAUGGAAUAAUGAAAAUUAAUGCUGAAGGGAUUGAACGUCAUUUGCACAACUGGUCUGGACCGAUGCUCCCAAUCAAAAGCAUUGACUGGUCAAUCGAUGAUUUUGCGGCAGGUUGUGUCUCGUUUUCUUCUUGUAAUAAUAGAUAUCUUGUCAAACAAUCUUCAAGCUCUCUAAGAUGUAUCAGUUUGAUUUAACAAGUCAAUUGAUUCGUUUGGAUGUAUCCCGAGUUCCUAUGUUUGUUGACAGCACUAAACUUUACAUGGCUGAGUGAAUAAGAGAGACUGUCGGACGGUUUGAGAC